AUGGGAGUGAGGAAUCAGACGCAAGUGGUGGAAUUUGUCCUCCUGGGUUUCUCAGGCAUUCCGAACGGCCACCUCUACCUCUUCCUGCCAUUCCUAGCCAUCUACUUGGUCACUGUACUGGGGAACCUCAUGAUAUUUACCGUGAUUCAACUGGGUUCCAACCUCCAUAGCCCCAUGUAUUUUUUCCUCAGCCACCUCUCCUGCUUAGAUAUUUGCAUCUCCUCAGUCACCGUCCCCAAAAUCCUGGUGAACUUCUUGUACCGACGACAGACCAUCUCCUACAACCAAUGCAUAGCCCAGAUGUUCUUUUUCUUGUCGUUCUCAGGGACGGAGGCUCUGCUACUUGCUGGCAUGGCCUACGACCGCUACACUGCCAUCUGCAAACCUUUGCAUUAUUCCCGCCUCAUGAACACCAAGGUGUGCGUUUUACUAGCCUCUGCCGCUUGGGUGGGUGGCUUCCUGGAUUCCGCUCUUCACACAGCUCUCAUGUCCAGGUUGUCCUUCUGCGGAGUCAACCUGAUUCAUCACAUUUUCUGCGAUCUCUCCCCACUGAUUAACAUUUCUUGUAGCGACACUCACGUCAAUGAAAUGACGAUUUACCUCACAAGUCUCAUUGUGGGCGUGGCCCCCUUCCUGUUCACUGUCCUCUCGUACGUCUUCAUCCUGUCCUCCAUCUUGAAGAUCCGUUCCACCACUGGGAAGCGCAAAGCGUUUUCCACUUGUGCUUCUCAUCUCAUCGUUGUCGUCAUUUACUACGCGAACGGGAUACUGAACUAUGACAGACCAAGUGCUGGCUAUUCUUUAGAGAUAGACACUCUGGUCUCCACCAUGUUCUGCAUAAUCCCCCCUAUGGUGAACCCCCUCAUCUACAGCCUCCGCAACAAGGAGGUGAAGGGGGCCCUGAAGAAAGUUCUGGAAAGCCAGAGCAAGUCUACAUGUCACCACACUAGGAAUUAA